CUCUCGGCGCACAGCAGCAGCAGCAGCAGCAGCAGCAGGCCAGCAGCAGCAGCAGCAGCAGCAGCAGCCGCAGCAGCAGCGACAGCAGCAGCAAGAGGACCAGCUGCGGCAGCUGCUGCAGUCGUUUGCUGCUGGAGCAGCAGCAAGACACAGCAGCACGGAAUCAGCGUUUGCUGCUGCUUCUGCUGCUGCACCUGCUGCAACAUCUGCUGCUGCUGCUGCUGCUGCAACAUCUGCUGCUGCUGCAGCAUCUGCUGCUGCUGCUGCUGCUGCUGCUGCAGUGUCUCUUCGAGAAGUGCUGGACUCGGAGGCGAUUUCUUUGCUGCUGAAUGAUGAAGAGGCGCUGCAGCAGCUAAUGGAGCUGCUGCCCGAGGGUUUUGCUUCUGCUGCUGAUGCUGCUGCUGCACUAAAAAGCCCUCAUUUGAAUUUGUCUCUUUUGUCUCUUUCCGAAGCAAUUCAAAGAGACCCCGGGGCCAUUCUCUCCUCCUUCGCUCUAGAAUCAUUUGCUGCUGCACUUGAACAGAAGUUCGGCCCAGCAGCAGCAGCAGCAGCAGACACAACAGCAGCAGCAGACACAGCAGCAGCAGCAGCAGCAGCAGCUGCAGCAGACACAGGAGCAGCAGACAAAGCAGCAGCAGCAGCAGAAAGCAGGCAAGACAUGGACCAAGACGGGCCCCCAGCAGAACAGAAGAAGGAAUAA